AUGCUCGUCCUUCCUAUUCACAGGAUACUACUCAUCACAGCCCUCUGGUUACUGGUCUGCGCCGCCGAUACUGCCAGCGAUGCAUCGGGCUCAUCGCUGUUUGACAUGAUCCCUGGGUGCGCCAGAGACUGUGUGGAAAAUUUCAUCAAAUCAGAGUAUACGCCCGAGGAAUGCACGUCGCCUUCCAAUGUUAAAUGCCUCUGCCGAACCAAGACGCCGGAUGGAUUGACUUUGGGAGAAGCAGCUUUAAGCUGUGUUUUGUCGGUGUGCUCUAAGGAGAUGAUCGCAGAUUCCAAAGCAUACCAUAUCUGCGACUCGGUAUCUGGGGCGAUUCCCAAGACUCACAAGACUAUUACCGCAACUGUGUUCUCAGACAUGAGUUCGACCAUGGCCGGAGAUGCAACAACAACCGCUGACGCAACAACAACUGCAGACGCAGCAACAAUUGCACAUGCAACGACAACAACAACAAGCUCUUUCACGGCAUCGGAGCAAACAUCGGAAGCACCAUUGACUGUUUCAACGACGUCAUCAACAACAUCAAGGUCAACGGCGACGACUUCGAGCCAACCCCCAGAUGUUACCUCUGAUACCACGUCUUUAAAUCCUCAAGCUGAGGCAACAUCGUCAGCCAGGCAGGAUCCUUUGGCUUCAAGUGGCGCUUCGGAAGAUACAAACAAGAAAGGUGAUCAUUCGAUCAGUCCCGGGGCGGUCAUUGGAAUGUCAGUGGCAUCAGGAGUGGCCGGGGCGUUUAUAAUCGUUGUUGCAGUGGUUUUCUGCUGCAAGAGAUGGCGAAAGAAAGAUCGCGACCAGUCAGAUCCACACCAUUUUGAGAUCGGAGGUGCAAUGUCUGAGCCUCCCGACUUCUCAAAACCAAUGCCACGACUCCCAACGCCUAGCUCGGGUCCAAGCUCUUUGCACGAAGAAGACAUCGAAAACGCGCCGCCACAGCAGUCACAUGGAUUCCAGCCCAUGACAUCAAUAGCAAACGUCCAAUCUUCAUCGAGAUACUCGCCGCACCUUGCUACAAUAUCCCACGGCCACCAAAGCAAAAGAUCAAGAGAAGAGCGAAUAGGGUUCGCUAUCAGCUCGGACUCAGACUGGGAGGCAUCACCACACACCCAGUCAUCACAGCAUAGUGUGGCACGAUUACUACCGGAUCCAACAGCAGGACUGUAUCCGAAACCUCUGAAAUGGAGUCAUCGGCCAGCUAGCGGGGAAACUUUGUUUGAAGAAGACGAAACCCAACAAACAGCAGCCAUGAUGCGAAAAGGCCCGGGAGCUCAACCUCGACUGGCAGGCCUACCAGCCAACCCCCGCGCAUUCAUAGAAACCCCAACUGGUUUCAAACGAAGAUCUGGCCCAAGAACCCUCGCAUCACCCUUCAACCCCAACCCCGCUUGCAGGUCCUCCUCGUCUGAAAGCAACGCCCCUGACAACACACACAACACCCCGAACCACACUACCACCACACAGGCCGAGUAUAUCUCAUCGGCGUCAAGCGCCGAAAUGAUCAGCCGUCCGCGCAUUGUCCGGGCCGAGGAUAUCAAACGCGUACAGAUACGCAGCAGCCCCCGCCAGACUGAAGUAGUGGCCCCUUACUGCCCAGAGGAUCUAUGGCUCGAGCGCGGACGAAAUGAUAGCCAGGAAUCAACCAGCGAGCCACCCUAUCCAUCGGAUAUACAUCCUGGUGCGGUGCAUUACCCCGAUAGUCCGAAGAAGAAGGUGGCCCCGAAUCGGAUCUCGCCCACGAGCCGGAAUCUGACGCCUUCGAGGCGAGGAGAAGACUUGAUUUUGAGAGUUGAUUAA